UUGUCCAAGGUUGUUAACUUACUAAACCAUCUGUACACCAUUUUCGACAGCAUAAUCGAUAGCCAUGAUGUAUGCAAGGUCGAGACUAUUGGCGAUAGUUACCUCUGCGUGAGUGGAUUGCCUAACAGAAAUGGCCACGAACAUAUCAAGGAGAUCUGCAGCAUCUUGUUUCUAGGUUCCGUUGUAGCAGCAAUCGUGGGUCUAGCGAUGCCUCGAUAUUGUCUGUUCGGUGACACCGUGAACACAGCCAGUAGAAUCCAAAGCAACGGAAAACCGGGUAUGAUCCAUUUAUCACUUGAUGCAAAGAAUUUGCUAUUUGAGGUUGGAGGAUUCGAAGUGACAUCCAGAGGGGAGUUGAUUAUAAAGGUGGGUACGCCUUGA